GGCGUUCGGCUCUCCGCCUGUGCCGGCCGAAGGAGGCGGCCAUUUUCCAACAGAGCGGAGCAGCCGCUCCCGAGUCGCCUUCGUGGUCGAGGACGGGCCCGGAAGCCGAGAGGCCGCCGGGAGUUGCGCCACCGAGCCCGGCCGCCGGGCAGGAUGUUUUCUUUUUCUACCACGGUGCAACCUCAGGUCACAGUUCCUUUGAGUCACCUUAUCAAUGCCUUCCAUUCACCCAAAAGUCUGGCACCAUCAUUCACUGCAACAUCUAGCCAAUGUGUGCAAAAGGAAGCAGUGCCUGAAUCUGAUGUGCAGAAUAGUGAGCCAAUACUUAAUCUACGAGACCUAGGACUAUCUGACUUGAAAGCUAGCCAACUUGAUGAACUAGUGGACAGGCUACUUCCUGGCUAUUGUAUAGGAAACAAAACCUCUUCACACUGGCAAACUUCUUAUAUAUCUUCACAGUCCUUCUUUGAAAAUAAGUAUGGUUUUGCAGAUAUAUUUAGCACCUUGCGUUCAUCCUACCUAUACAGACAGCAUCCUAGCCCAUUACAGAGUCUAUGUUCAGAUCUUCAGCGUUGGCCAGUUUUCAUUCAGUCUCGGGGCUUUAAGACUCUGAAAUCAAGAGCAAGACGGCUGCAAUCUACAUCAGAGAGAUUAACAGAAACAGAAACUGUAGCUCCCUCAUUUGUAAAGGGACUUCUGUUAAGAGACAGAGGAUCUGAAGUUGAAAGUUUAGAGAAACUGAUGAAAACAAAAAACAUACCUGAAGCUCAUCAAGAUGCCUUUAAAACUGGGUUUGCAGAGGGUUUUCUGAAAGCACAAGCACUUACACAGCGGACAAAUGAUUCCUUAAGACGAACACGUCUAUUUCUGCUCAUUCUGCUGCUGCUUGGUAUUUAUGGUUUGUCAAAAACCCCAUUUUUAUCUGGUAAAGGCUCCUUUUCUGAUACUGUACGUUUUCGAACGACAUCUGGACUUGAUGCAGCAGUAGACCCUAUUCAAAUGAAAAAUGUCACUUUUGAACAUGUCAAAGGGGUUGAAGAAGCUAAGCAAGAGUUACAAGAAGUAGUUGAAUUCUUGAAAAAUCCUCAAAAAUUUACUGUACUGGGAGGUAAACUUCCUAAAGGUAUUCUGUUGGUGGGACCCCCUGGUACUGGCAAAACCCUUCUUGCCAGAGCUGUGGCAGGAGAAGCUGAUGUUCCGUUUUAUUAUGCUUCUGGGUCUGAAUUUGAUGAGAUGUUUGUUGGUGUGGGAGCCAGUCGUAUCAGAAACCUGUUUAGGGAAGCCAAAGCCAAUGCACCUUGUGUUAUAUUCAUUGAUGAACUAGAUUCUGUUGGUGGCAAAAGAAUAGAGUCUCCAAUGCAUCCGUACUCAAGACAGACUAUAAAUCAGCUCCUUGCUGAAAUGGAUGGCUUUAAACCUAAUGAAGGUGUCAUCAUCAUUGGUGCAACAAACUUCCCUGAAGCAUUAGAUAAUGCUUUAAUACGUCCUGGCCGCUUUGACAUGCAAGUUACAGUUCCUAGGCCAGAUGUUAAGGGCCGAACAGAAAUUCUGAAAUGGUACCUCAACAAAAUAAAGUAUGAUGAGUCUCUUGAUCCAGAAAUCAUUGCCAGAGGUACAGUAGGAUUUUCUGGAGCUGAACUGGAAAACCUUGUGAACCAAGCUGCAUUAAAAGCUGCAGUAGAUGGAAAAGAUAUGGUUACAAUGAAAGAGCUAGAAUUUUCAAAGGACAAAAUUCUUAUGGGCCCAGAGCGUAGAAGUGUAGAAAUUGAUGAUAGAAAUAAAACAAUUACAGCCUACCAUGAAUCGGGACAUGCCAUCAUUGCCUAUUAUACAAAAGAUGCAAUGCCGAUAAACAAAGCAACAAUCAUGCCACGAGGACCAACGCUUGGACACGUGUCUUUACUGCCAGAAAAUGAUCGAUGGAGUGAAACUAGAUCUCAGCUGCUUGCACAGAUGGAUGUUAGCAUGGGAGGAAGAGUGGCAGAAGAGCUCAUAUUUGGAGGUGAUCACAUCACAACAGGGGCUUCUAGUGAUUUUGAUAAUGCUACUAAAAUAGCAAAGCUCAUGGUGACUAAAUUUGGAAUGAGUGAGAAGCUUGGUGUCAUGACCUACACAGAUACUGGCAAACUCAGUCCUGAAACCCAGUCUGCAAUUGAACAGGAAGUAAGGACACUUUUAAAGGACUCCUAUGAACGGGCAAAGCAUUUAUUGAAGACCCAUGCAAAGGAGCACAAGAAUUUAGCAGAAGCAUUGCUGACAUAUGAGACUCUGGAUGCCAAAGAAAUUCAGAUCGUUCUAGAGGGGAAAAAACUCGAAGUGAGAUGAUAACUUAGAUCAUCAAGCAUCCUGGCGACUUCCACGAAUGCUGUAAUCUUCUUGUGAAGUAUAGCUUUCUUUUCUUUCUGAUACGUGUGAUAAUAAUCACGUUUCUUAAGGGAAAAAAACAAUUUGUCUUGUGAGCUUUUGUUACAUUUUAUUGAUUUUUAUCUUCUUAGAAAGAAACACAAGGAGAAAAUGACCUUCCCACAAAAAUAGAUGUCCAAUCUCAGGGUUGAAUCUAGCUUGUUUGGAAACCUCAUGUAAUGAACCUGAAUAGUAUGUUCUUAAUAUAGCUUCCCUGGUUAAUUAUUCUAUGUGGACUGGGAGCAUAACUGCUUUCUAUAUUCCACCAUGGAGCAUAAGAGUACUGAUGACAACUAAUUAUAAUGAUCUCUAAUAUCAGAAUUAGUAGGAACCCAAGUUACCUGGGGAACAUGAGCAGGGAGGGCUUGUAUGUGAGCUUCUCAGAGGCAUUUCACCAGCCAUUGUGUAAAAAGCAUGCUGGACUCAUUGCUCUGGUCCAGUAUUGCUCCUGCAUCUUUAUUCUUGAAAAAUCUUUAAAUGCUACGGAGUAGUGAUACUUCUGUAAUUUAGAAAAAAUGAAAUAAUUUAUUUAGCAGGCCAGUUAAUAUCCAGAAAAUUGGGGAGAGACAUCACUAUACCAGAAUUACUUUCCCACCACUCUCCUUCAUACCUAUGCCAAGAUGUUAGAAUUCUUUGAACAGAGUAGGAGGACAGAGAGGUGUAAUAGAAUUUAUCUUACAGAUGCCCUCAGUUUAUGCAAAUAUAACUUAAAUAUUGAGGUGGGUGGGAUUGAGAGUAAGAGAUGUGUAUCAAGGCUGAGAAGAACUACACUGUCUCCUCGGAAGUAGUAUUGGGAAAAAUGUUUCCAUUUUAUUUUAGAGAUAUGGGGUGUGCUGCUGCAGUCCCUUGCUACUGUCCAUACUCUUAGGGGUUUUUAAAAUGAUGAUGUGGCUGCUUGAGGUUUUAUCAAUUUUCUCAUUGGAAAGAUUUCAGUCAGUUAAAGAACAUUUGGGAUGACUUUUCAGUUUGGGUCAUAUUCCCUUUGAGUUUGAAAUCUUCAGUUUCUUUGCACAUAAGCACAUGGCUACCAAAAUGCUUUAGGUAAAAACUGUUGCAGCAUCAUCUACAACAGAUAUGGGCAAGUGCCAGAGGAUCUGGGGCUCACAGCUGCUCCUUGCCUCCACUACCGUAUCAUUUUAUUUUUCAAAACUGAAUUUGACCAGGUGGUUAUUUCUGAGGUGUGUGUGUGUGUGUGGCGUGGGCUUGAGGCCCCAGAAAGUGAGGAAUUGAGAUUUAGGGAAUUGAUGUAACUCUCCAUUUUGGGAUAGCACAGCAUUUUUACAGAAAGUGGCCUUGGCUGGCUGCUCUGUUUCUUUCUCAUAGAAAAAUUGUGAAAUUGCAUAUAAGUGAUAAUACACUUCCUCCUCAAAACCUUGGUGAGAUGUAUGGUCAUGAGUGGAUUUUGUUUUUCAAAAAUUGAACUCUAGCACUUCUCAUUUAUAGGAAGCUUUUUUGUUACUCUUUUUUUGAAAAGUGCAUUGUGACCAACAAUGAAAAUGUAUAAUUGGUAAUGUUAUUUUUGGAAUUGGUAGAAAAUCUUAAUUACAGAAAAACCUGUUUCAGCGCAAGUUUCAUUUCUUGCUUUUUCCAUCCAGUCAACUUAGGAUCACAUGGAAGGACCUCAAGAGCAUGUAUUUAAACAGAGUACCAAACUGCUUUGCUGAAAAGUUAUAAAUGUAUUCUUUUUUAGUAUCACACCAGAAAAGAUGAGCAGUCGCAGCAACCUUGGCGCUUUCUAUAUUUUUGAAUAAAGCUUUGUUUUAAAUAUGCAGAAUGCUUUCUCUUUUUUGCAAUUGUAAAUUGCUUUAGCUCUGAAUUCCCUCUUAUGUAAAUUGAGGUGUAUAAAACAUAUCUUAAACUUGUAAAUAAAUUUGAGAGUUAA